UAUUCACUAAAUAAUUAUUAAUUUUAAUAAUAAUCUAUCUAGUAUAUAGGUAGGUACCUAAUACCUGUGUCUUUUAAAUUAUAAUCUAUACAUAAACAAGUAACAACUCAGAAACCUAUCAGUAAUUCCCACAGUCACUACCCGUCGGUCAGCUAAAGUGGUUCAAUUAAGGCAACACCUUUCACCUUUGUCUUUUGUGCGGCUAUUCUACAAUCAGCAAUUAGCUUAUUAGCUUCUGCUUUCAAACACCCAUCUAUCUACUAGACUAUUUCUUCAAUUGUUUAUUCUCGUGAGUGUCAACGAUUCUUCCAGAUAUUUGAUUAUAACGAUAAUAGACAAAAGUAUUAGAGUAGAAUUUAUUGUAUAGUGUGACGUGUGUACACAUUGAAUUCAGGCAUAACCAUGUCAAAACCCAAUGUGUUAGUUGCAAUGAAACAUGUUCCAGAAAUCGCUCUUAAUUUACUUCGUGAAAGAUUUAAUGUAGAAAUAUGUGAUGCCAUACAAGCCACUCGGGCAGAAAUUAUGAAAAAAAUACCUGGAAAAUUUGCAAUAUUUUGUAGUCCAUCAAACAAAAUUGACGAAGAAUUAAUUAAAACUGCAGGCCCCAGUUUCAAGGUUGUUGGAACCAUAUCUGUUGGAUAUGAUCACGUUGACUUGGCUGCAAUGAAAAAAUAUGGCGUACGUUUGGGAUACACUCCAGAUGUUCUAACCGAAACUGUAGCAGAAACAACAAUUGGAUUGUUGAUAUCAACAACGAGACGGUUCUUUGAAGCAAACCAUGCAUUGAAAACAGGUGGAUGGAAAGAUGUGACACCUGUUUGGAUGUGUGGUAGAAGUAUUAGAAACUCUACUGUUGGUAUUAUUGGAUGUGGCAACAUUGGAACAUCAAUUGCAAAGAAGCUGAAAACAUUUGAAAUUUCUCAAUUGCUGUACACUAGUAGAACUGAAAAACCUGCUGUCAAAGCUCUCGGUGGAAAAUUGGUUACUGUUGAUGAGCUUGUUGAACAAAGUGACUUCAUAAUCCUUUCUAUUGCACUGACUGAGGACACUAAGUUUAUCAUUAACAAAGAACGCAUUGCCAAAAUGAAGUCACACGCUGUGUUAGUGAACAUUGGUCGUGGAGGACUUGUUGACCAAGACGCACUCAUUGAAGCAUUACAAGAAAAUAGAAUUGGAGGUGCUGGCUUAGACGUUAUGACACCAGAACCAUUACCACUUGAUAGUCCUUUAAUUAAGAUGAACAAUGUUGUUUUGCUGCCACACAUUGGGAGUGCUUCCAUUGAAACACGAACAGAAAUGGCUAUUCUCGUCGCCAAAAAUAUAAUUGCUGUCUUGGAUAAUACCGCAAUGCCAAACGAAGUUCAGUUUUAACUUGAUUAUAUCAAAAUUUGUUAAAAAUAAUCUAAUCUGUGAAUGUCACUAGGUAUAAAAUUAUAUUUAUUAUUGCAUUU